AGCAGAAGAAGAAGAAGAAGAAGAAGAAGAAGAAGAAGAAGAAGAAGGACAAGGAGAAGAGAAACAACAACAAAAACAAACAGAAGAAGGAGCAGCAACUCAUUUUGCGCUGAUAACGUUACGUCUGUUAAAACUAACAAGAGAGCCAACCGCCAAAAAACUUUACGAAGAAGAACCAACAAAAGAGAUUUCUUUUUACAUCUUUUACUGUUUUAUGAUGCACUGAUUUGACUCAACAUUACAUCGAUCAGCCCAGCGUCAGCUUUGUUGAACUUUGGCACACUGAGCAGUGCACCAGUGGUUGCAAGUAAAGGAGACGCUGACCCUGCAGACCCGAAGAUGACAUCCAAGAAAGUUGUCGAGUUGUUCUACGAUGUGGUCUCUCCGUACUCUUGGCUUGGCUUUGAGGUAAUGUGUCGCUACAGACACGUGUGGAAUAUAGAGCUCAAACUGCGCCCUGCAUUUCUGGCUGGCAUCAUGCAAGGAUCAGGCAACAAGCCUCCUGGUCUGGUUCCAAACAAAUUCCUUUACAUGACGAAGGAUCUGACCCGCUUGUCAGAGUAUUUUGGUGUUCCCAUGCAGGCUCCAUCUGACCCCUUUGAGGUCAUGUUCCAAAAAGGCUCCUUGUCUGCAAUGCGAUUUGUGGCAGCAGUACAAGAAAGGGAGAAGGGUGGAGACAAGCAGGUGGAGCGGGUGUCCCGGGAGCUGUGGAAAAGGAUCUGGAGUGAGGACAAAGACAUCACUGAACCUGCAUCACUGGCUGAGGCAGCGAUGAAAGCAGGAUUGUCUGACAGAGAGAUUAAAGAAGUGCUGGAGCUGUCCACCUCAAAGGAGGUCAAAAACAAGCUGAAAAGCACAACACAGGAUGCACUUGAUCACGGGGCAUUUGGCUUCCCCAUGCUGGUGUGUCAUGUAAAUGGAAAGCCAGAGAUGUUUUUUGGAUCUGACAGAUUUGAGCUCAUGGCCCACUGCAUUGGGGAGAAGUGGCUGGGACCUCAGCCUGACAAAUCAACUGCCAAACUGUGAGAGAGAAAAAGCUGCCUGGUGCGCUCACAGAUUUGUGAAUUUGCAUCUUAUUGUGAUGUCUUUGAUUGUUCCUAAUUCUUCAAAUUUCAUAUUUUCUAUGCUGUGCCUUCUGAAACCAAGCAGCAUAUAUCUAACAGACCUAAAUAACAAAUAGUUAUACUGUUAAUUAUGUGCCUAUUAAAAGUAACACUGACAACUUACAGAUAAUAAAGCUUUUCUAUUGAAAUACAAA